AUGCACGAUCAAAAGGAGACCACUCCCCUUCUCCCUCUGGUUUCUUCUUCACCACCGCCAUCCACAUUGUUCACAGGCGUCCACAACUACGAGAUCGAAGACAAAAUGAGCACAACGCCCAAUUCACCACCCACCUUACCUGUACCAGCAAGCCCUACCCCUCCUGCCACGUCAACAUGGCCCCGGGUCACCAGUCUGUUUAAGUCUGCGCCUCCAAGCUGGGCCAACCCGGCCACUGGUGUACGCAGCGAAGAAGUGCAGUCUCGCAUGGACGAAGCAGGCCAAGCGGCGGCGCACGUACGCUGGCAAAGCACCAGAGCCACCAUUAUGCUCAUCAUCAAGGCCAUCACCGUCGUCAUCUGUGUCAGUUACGCAGCCCCGCUCUGGAAGGCCUACAUCGAAAACCACUCAACCGUCGCCAAGGGUUUGGACGCUUCCAUACCACCAUUCAACGUCACGGCAGCUCGUGACGAGCUGAUUGACGAUGUCCGAGCUCACUUGUACAACGCUGCAACGAACGAAGCAAGGGAGAAGAUGAUUGACGAGAUUCAUCACUCUGUGUUCAAGAUGGUGAUGAACGCAAUCGACGCACAAAACAACCGCAACGUCAGGGACGCUGUGUUUCGACAGCAAUGA